AUGAAUCUGGGAGAUUUUGAUAAGAAGUCCGCCUCCAUGUUGUCGAAGAGCGAUCCGGUUGUAGAUGGCCUGGCUGCCUUGACCGUCUCCGAGUUGCAAAAGGCAACAAAAUCAGUCCAUCCAACCCCUCCAAAUUCCCCGUCCCCGGCAAAAUUGUCCGAUAAUUGCAAGGAAUCUGAUAAGGACAAAAGACACAGUGAGGUCAAGGAUGGCGGGGCAUCUGGGGCUGAUUCCUCUGUACUUCUCACUCCUCCGCCAAGUCCUCCCCGGAGCACAUCGAAGUCGACGAGCGACGGCCAGCUCGCAGAAGACACAGCCAAAAUUGACCAUGAUGCGUUGAAAACCCUGCUUAGUCUCGAUAAUGGACGAUGUGGAUGUCUCACAAAACUGAAGAAGCCUUGUAAAAACCCUAUUGCGGAAGGGAAGAAGGCAAAAAUCGAUUACUUGAUUGAAUCAAUGCUUACUUCCACUUCAUCAUCUCUAGAACUCCAGGACAAGCUAGAAAAGCUCGCUAAGCUCGUGCACUGCCGGUACCAUGACCAUGGGGCUUCCAUGCAAUCUCGUGUCGAGCAAUGGAUAACUGCUUUUCCUGACGGAGAUCCCGCCACCAAGCCUCGUCUGUCUCUAGAGAGGCAGGUUACGAAGGCUCUAGACGGAGUGUCUACCAAAUGCAUAGGGAAAACAAAAGCGCAGAAAGAUUGUUCCCGUGAAAUCGGGGGCCAGAAGGUGCAGAACUGUACUAGCACCAUCAACCAGAUUGUCUAUUCAGUGACGUAUCAAGAAAACGCCGAUGAAAUUGACUACCUCGUCAGAGUUUUUGAACAUAAUAGGCUUUGCUAUUUCCAUGAUAAACAACCUUUCAAACAUGUGGAAUUAUGGAAAUCGAGGGUUAUGGAGAUUCACAGGACAUGGCUGGCUGAGCGUGCGAAGUUGGCUGACGACGCUACACCAUCAGCUCCUCAAAACCGGCUUGUCUCAAUGCCGAGGCACUUACGACAAUCGCCUCUGAAUCUGAAUAUGAAUCCAGCUGAAUAUUGGCCCGUUGCAUAUGAUGUAAGCCCAUUCAGCAUUAUAGAAAGGAGCGACAGACUUAACGACAGCGAACUGGCAUAUAAAGAGAUUGGAGCGCAAGCGAGGAGCUGCUUAGAUGUGAAGGCGGGCGACCUGAAGCCUGGAUAUGUAUACCUGUAUGAGGUCGAAGGAAACAAAGGGUUCAUCAAAAUCGGAUACACCUGUCGUACCACGGCCGAGCGUCAUGAGGAGUGGUCGUUCGCAUGCAACAGAGCUGCCAAAUUACUCUAUCCAGAUUCACCUAAUCCUCAAAAAGUUCCCAAUGCCCGCCGUGUCGAAGCCUUAUGUCACGCGGAGCUGCAUCAUCGCCGGCUCAGAAUCUAUUGCACUGGUUGUUUGAAGCAGCACAUUGAAUGGUUUGAAAUUGCACCGGUUGACGCCAUCGCAGUGAUCCAGAAAUGGUCAAAAUGGAUAGCAUCCAAUCCAUACGAAGAGAUGAAGCUGAGAGGCGGGUCUAAAUGGGUCCUGAAAACUGAAGAGACGAAAAGGCUUAAAGAUAUCAAAACAUUUCUGAAAGAUAUAUCGCCUCCGGUGAAUCAGCCGAGACAUUAA